CCAGCUCUGACCGAAGGUUAUGUUGGCACUCUGCAUGAAAACAGACAUGGUAGUUCUGUGCAGAUACGAAGGCGAAAGGCUUCGGGGGAUCCUUACUGGGCAUACUCGGGUACCUACGGUCCCGAGCACUGGGUGACUUCCAGCGAGAAGUGUGGGGGGUCUCACCAGUCUCCCAUAGACAUCGUAGACCACCAGGCCCACGUUGGGGAUGAGUAUCAAGAACUGCAGCUCGAUGGUUUUGACAACGAAUCUUCCAACAAGACUUGGAUGAAAAACACAGGAAAAACGGGUAUGCUCUCCUCUGACGAUUAUUUUGUCAGCGGGGCUGGGUUGCCGGGCAGAUUCAAGGCAGAGAAAGUGGAGUUUCACUGGGGUCAAAGCAACGGAUCGGCUGGCUCCGAGCACAGCAUCAAUGGCAAGAGGUUCCCCGUUGAGAUGCAGAUUUACUUCUACAAUCCUGAUGACUUUGACAGUGUUGGAACAGCGGUUCUAGAAAACAGAGUAGUAGGAGCCAUGGCCGUGUUUUUCCAAGUCAGUCAGAGGGACAAUCCGGCACUGGAUCCCAUUAUCCAUGGGUUGAAGGGCGUCGUACAUCAUGAGAAGGAGACCUUCCUGGAUCCCUUUGUGCUGAGGGACCUUCUGCCGACAUCGCUGGGGAGUUACUACCGCUAUGCAGGUUCUCUGACUACUCCUCCGUGUAGCGAGAUCGUGGAGUGGAUCAUUUUUCGGAAGCCCGUUCCCAUUUCUUACCAUCAGCUGGAGGCGUUCUACUCCAUAUUCACCACCGAGCAGCAGGACCACGUCAAGUCCGUGGAGUACCUGAGGAAUAACUUCCGACCGCAGCAAAGCCUGAACAACAGGAAGGUGUCUAAGUCUGCUGUGAAGGAUGCUUGGAGCCAAGAUAUGACAGACCUCUUGGAAAAUCCACUUGGCACAGAAGCUUCCAAAGCUUGCAGCACUCCCCCAGUCAACAUGAAAGUGCAGCCUGUGAACAGGACAGCGUUGCUUGUAACCUGGAACCAGCCAGAAACCAUCUACCACCCUCCAAUCAUGAACUACAUGAUCUCAUAUAGCUGGACGAAAAACGAAGACGAAAAGGAGAAGACUUUCACCAAGGACAGUGACAAGGACCUGAAGGCCAUCAUUAGCCAUGUCUCACCUGACAUCCUUUAUCUGUUCAGAGUUCAAGCAGUUUGCCGAAAUGAAAUGCGUAGUGACUUUAGCCAGACUAUGCUCUUUCAAGCUAACACUACUCGUAUUUUCGAGGGGACCAGAAUUGUGAAAACAGGAGUGCCCACGGCCUCUCCUGCCUCCUCAGCUGACAUGGCUCCUAUCAGCUCCGGCUCCUCCACCUGGACCUCCUCAGGGCUCCCCUUCUCCUUCGUAUCUAUGGCCACAGGGAUGGGACCUUCCUCCAGUGGCAGCCAGGCCACUGUGGCCUCGGUGGUGACCAGCACCUUGCUAGCAGGGCUGGGCUUCAGCGGCGGUGGCAUCUCCUCCUUCCCCAGCAGCGUGUGGCCCACCCGGCUCCCUGCAGCGGCUGGCCCCAGCAGGCCGGUGGUGGCCUCCACGGAGGCGGCUGCUGCUGCCUCCCCAGGACCUGAGCGGGACUCAGCACUGACAAAGGAUGGCGAGGGAGCCGAGGAGGGGGAGAAGGAUGAAAAGAGUGAAAGUGAGGACGGAGAGCGGGAGCACGAGGAAGAGGAGGAAAAGGAUGCAGAGAAGAAGGAGAAAAACAGGGCGACGGUGGCUGCGGAGGCACGCAAUAGCACGGAGCCCAGUGUGGCCACAGCUUCCCCCAACCGGACUGCCGAGGAGGAAGGAAAUAAAACCAUAUCGGGUGAAGAGCCAAACCAAAACGUUGCCCCCACGGCUGGAGGUCCUGAGGAGGAGAGCUUUGCCGAAGCAGACACUCAGCCCCAGCCGCUCCCUUCCACCCAAGUGCCGCCAGCGUUCACCAACGAACUUUACCUGGGAAAGAUCCCAAGAAGACCAGAGACAACAAGAAGACCUCCUCCAAAGGAGGACAGGUUUCCAGAGGAAUACCCCUCAGAUAACAAAUUCAUCACCAUUAACCCAGCUGACAAGAACAGCUCCAGCAUGGCCACGAGACCUUCUCCUGGUAAAAUGGAAUGGAUCAUCCCUCUUAUUGUGGUCUCAGCACUGACCUUCGUGUGCCUCAUCCUGCUCAUUGCUGUGCUCGUCUACUGGAGAAAGUGUUUUCAGACUGCCCAUUUCUAUGUGGAGGACAGCAGUUCUCCCCGUGUGGUCCCCAAUGAAAGUAUUCCCAUUAUACCUAUUCCAG